GGAGGUCGGACUCCGCCAAGCCGGAGGCGGCGCUGUCACGGGAGGUCAGUCUCCUCCAAGCCGGGGCAGGAACGGCGCUGCAGCUGGAGGUUACGCACCGAGGGCACAGAUGGCGGCGGCUUACCGAACGGCGAAUGCGCUCCUCAGGGCUGGCAGGCCCGUCUUGCUGGGAGCCCAUCGUUUGCAGAGCACCCUCUCCUAUGCUCAGGCCAUCGAGAACAUUCCAGAGACCAAGCUGACGACGCUAGACAAUGGGCUGCGUGUGGCGACAGAAGAAUCUGAUCACCCCACUUGUACGGUCGGAGUUUGGGUGGAUCUCGGGAGCCGCUAUGAGAACGAGAAAAAUAACGGAGUCACAAACUUCCUCCAGCACUUGAUUUUGAAGGGGACCAAGAAACAUUCACAGACGGCCCUGGAGCAGGAAGUAGCCAGGAGAGGUGCUCACCUGAGCGCCUACACCUCUCGAGAGCAGACUGCUUAUUAUGUGAAGGCUCUGUCCACAGAGCUGCCAACAGCUGUGGAACUUCUGGGUGACCUGAUACAGAAUAGAUCGUUCUCAGAUGCUGACAUUGAGUCGAGCCGCAAGUUAAUCUUGCAGGAGCUGCAGGAGAUGGAGAGCUGCCUGGAGGAGGUCAUGUUCGAUUACCUUCAUACCACUGCGUUCCAGGGAACUCCGCUUGCACACACUGUGGUGGGACCCACCAAGAACAUCAAGGCUCUGAAUGGUAGUGAUCUUGCUGAGUUCAUGGCUACUCAUUACAAGGCGCCCCGGAUAGUUUUGGCAGCAUCAGGAGGUGUUCACCAUGAUGAGCUUGUGGGACUGGCUCGCCAACAUCUCGGAGGGAUUUCCUGCAAGUACGAAGAGGAUGUGAUCCCAGUGUUGUCUCCAUGUCGCUUCACUGGCAGCCAGAUCCUGCUGCGGGAUGACGCCAUGCCCUUGGCCCACAUUGCCAUUGCUGUGGAGGGGGCUCGAGCCAGCAGCAGUGAUGUCGUCCCCCUCUCUAUUGCCAGCACAUUGAUUGGAAACUGGGAUCGGACGUAUGGCGGGGGAGUGAAUCACUCGAGUCAUUUGGCCAAGAUUGCAGUGGAGAAUAAGCUGGCUCACAGUUUCCGCUCCUUUAACACGUGUUACUCGGACACAGGGCUCUGGGGAAUACAGCUGGUGUGUGAUGGACUGAACAUUGAAGACAUGUUGCACUUCACCCAGGGAGAGUGGAUGCGGCUCUGCACAAGUGUAACCGAGAGUGAGGUGACCAGGGCUAAGAACAUCCUCAAGACCCAUCUGGUCGCCCAGCUGGAUGGAACCACUCCAUCAUGUGCUGACAUCGGCCGACAAAUCCUUACGCAUGGGCGACGGAUCUCAUUAGCUGAGUGGAAUGACAAGAUCGAUGCGGUUGAUGCCCGGAUUCUGCGGGACGUUUGCAGUCGGUACAUCUAUGACCACUGUCCUGCUGUUGCUGCAAUAGGCCCCAUCGAACAGCUGCCGGAUUACAACAGGAUCAGGAGUGCCAUGUACUGGCUGCGCCUGUGAGCAAGAAGGAGGGGUGAUGGAGCUACCGGGCUCCCUGUCAUUCUGUGAUUGUUUGGUGUUGGAACUUGAAGAUGAUGUACAGAACAUGAAAAGUUAAAAAAUAACUUAAACCUGA